AGUACCGCAAGUCCAAAAAAAAUCAAACCAAAUUAUCAAAUCACAUUCAUUGAUGAUUUGCUUUUAAUUGCCGGUAGAUUCGUAUUGUUCUUUAAUAGGAUAUUCAAACCAAUAUUUAUGCACCAAGCAAUGGCUCUCACCGUAAGCUUCGGUUUAUUACCACAACGGCUAGUGUGUGGCGGUAGCAGAAAAUAUUUGGAAUUUCUUAAACCUAAACGUUUAUAUGCAAGAGGGUCACGUUAUUUUCCAACCGAUCAGCCUCCUGCUAAUAGUAAGAAUGACAGUAAACAACGUAAUAACGAAUCAAAUGGUCGGUAUCCUUCUCUUGUUGAAUGUGCGCCUAAAAUGAUUCGUGAAUCCCCAAGAGAACUAUUAGAAAAUGCAGCUUCUUUCAAGGAGGGAACACCAGCAAAUGCGCCAAAAGAGAGAAUGGAAGAUGUUUGGAAUUCAGAUCCAUAUCCUAAAGGCAGCAACUGGAAACAGAGCCAGGCCAAAUAUUCCAAGAGACCUGGAUGUGAUCCUAGAGAGACUUCUAUUAUACUGUUUCCUGGUCAAGGUACACAAUUUGUUGGCAUGGGGAAAGAGUUACUACAGUACCCACUUGUCAAACAAAUGUAUGACUUAGCUAGCUCAGUACUUGGCUAUAAUUUAUUGUCCCUCUGUUUGGAUGGCCCUAAAGAAACUUUGAACAAAACAGUUUUCUGCCAACCAGCCAUCCUUGUUUCUUCACUUGCAUGUGUUGAGAAACUCAAAGCUACAAAUCCAGAAGCAAUUAAUUCUUGCAUUGCUACCGCUGGUUUCAGUAUUGGUGAAAUAACAGCCCUGGUUUUUUCAAAGGCCAUAACAUUUGAAAAUGCUGUAAGACUAGUCAAAUUACGAGCAGAAGCAAUGCAGUUUGCCUCAGAUAUGACAAAAUCUGGCAUGAUGACUGUGUUUUUUGGACCCAACUCAAAGGUGAAUACUGCUUGUGCAGAGGCAAGAAGACACUGUGAAGUGUUAGGAUUGGAAAAUAUUGAAUGCAAAGUCGCCAACUACUUGUAUCCUGAAUGCAAAGUCAUUGCUGGAAAUAUAGAGGCGCUGGAUUUUAUCGAAAAAAACGCAGCCAGGUACGAAUUGCGACGGUUGAAACGGCUGCCAGUUAGCGGAGCUUUCCACACGAAUCUAAUGGAGCCAGUGGCCAAUGUUCUCAGCAAAGCUCUGAAGAAGAUCCCAAUUCAACAACCAAUUAUUGCAGUUCAUUCCAACGUUGAUGGAAAGCGCUAUCGGAACGCGGAGCACAUUUUUAAGCUCCUUCCGCAACAAAUAAUCAAACCGGUGUGUUGGGAACAAACAAUGCAUAUUCUUUAUGAAAGGAAUCCCGAUCAAUAUUAUCCUAUGACUUAUGAAUGCGGGCCGGGAAGUUCUCUUAAGUCAAUCCUAAGAAUGGUGAAUGCCAAAGCAGCUGCUAAAUGUACACUUGUGUCCGGCUGAUACAAGAUCUUAACCGAAUUUAAA